AUGUUUCAGGUGUGGAUUUUGCAACCGGACCGAUCUCGCUUUUCCAAUUUUGUUUCCUUACCUAUUUGUUAUUUUCAAUACAGCGAGAUUCAUUCCGGAACGAUGAAAUGGAUGAGAAGUGAUUAUUUGGUCCGUAAUCGAAAAACCGACCUCAUUCCGGUUCUCCAAGUAAUAAAAUAG